CGUACAAGAAAAAUUGUGCAUUAACGGUAAUCUAGCUAUUAACAAAAAAUCCUUUAUCUUUCGGCUUUAACAUGAAAUUAGGUUAUGUCCUUCAACGUUUUCGUUUUAUCGAGUUUGAUCUACCCCCCUGGAAAACGCCACCUUGUUACGUUUCAAUUAAGUCUUUGUCUUUGAAUAACAUAACCAAUGUGGUAAUUUUUAGAGGAAGGGGGUUUAAAUAUAAAGGUGUAAUUCUACUUUAAUUUUAUAGCUAUGUAUCUUAGUUAGUGACAUAAAUUUCUAAAACAAACUAACAAUAUUCAU